ACUGACAUUUCCAAUGACAUUGAAAUGUCUUUGUGUUUUUUUUAACCAUUUUUAGUAUGUGUGUAGUUCUGUGAUUUUGUUUUUUCGUAUCAAAAUGCGGAGCCGAAGCAAUUCGGGGGUGCGCCUCGACUACUACCAGCGCGUAGUCCAUCGAAUCAUCAUGUCCAACCAACACCCAGUCACAGGAUUGUUCCCAGCUAGCAGUCAAAACAGCCACGCGUGGAUCCGCGAUAAUGUGUACUGCAUACUAGCGGUAUGGGGGCUCUCAAUGUCCUACAAGAAAAUGGCUGAUCAAGACGAAGAUAGAGCCAAAACGUACGAACUGGAGCAGUCCUGUGUCAAACUAAUGAGGGGUCUUUUAAUGGCCAUGAUGCAACAAAAAGACAAAGUUGAACGAUUUAAACAAACACAAAAUCCUUUGGAUUCGUUGCAUGCCAAGUACGCCUCAACUACCGGACAGAUCGUGGUUGGGGACAAUGAAUGGGGCCACCUACAAAUUGAUGCUAUAUCACUGUACUUGUUAAUAUUAGCACAAAUGACUGCAUCCGGGUUGCAGAUAGUUUUUAAUUUAGAUGAGGUUGCGUUUAUACAGAAUUUGGUGUUUUAUAUUGAGUGUGCUUAUUGCACUCCAGAUUAUGGUAUUUGGGAAAGGGGGGAUAAAACCAAUCACGGGUUACCUGAGUUAAAUGCUAGUUCCAUAGGAAUGGCAAAGGCUGCUUUGGAAGCCAUGAAUGAGUUGGACUUGUUUGGGGCCAGAGGGGGCCCUUAUAGUAUUAUACAUGUGUUGGCAGAUGAAGCCCAAAAAUGCCAGGCUGUCUUACAAUCAAUGCUUCCAAGAGAAUCCAGCUCCAAGGAAAUUGACAGUGGCUUAUUGGCAGUGAUAAGUUUUCCAGCUUUUGCUGUAGAUGACCCUGGCCUUCUCCAAUAUACCAGGGAUCAGAUUAUAGAGAAAUUACAAGGUCGCUAUGGCUGUAAGCGAUUCCUCAGGGAUGGUUAUAAAACCCCAAAAGAAGAUCCUAGAAGACUGUAUUAUGAGCCUUGGGAGCUCAGAAUGUUCCAAAACAUCGAAUGCGAAUGGCCUUUGUUUUUCUGUAAUUUAAUUUUAGAUCACUGUUUUAGAGGUAAUAAAUCAGGGGCUGCAGAAUAUACGCGUCAACUGGAGGAUAUAAUGGUUAGGACUGAAGAUGGGCUGAGAUUAGUUCCUGAGUUGUAUGCAGUACCUGCAGAGUCUGUGGCAGCUGAGUACAAAGAACCGGGAACCCAACAAAGGAAAGCGCUGGGACAGUGCCCAUUUUUAUGGGCGCAGUCCUUGUAUAUUGUAGGAAAGUUAUUACAAGAGGGUUUUCUGGCCCCUGGCGAACUAGACCCCCUCAAUCGUAGGCUGUGCUCCGAAAAAAAGCCCGAUGUGGUGGUCCAAGUCGUGAUUUUAGCCGAAGACAACGAAAUUAGAGACAAAUUAGCCGAACAUGACAUCCUGGUUCAAACUAUCACUGAAGUAGCGCCAAUCGAGGUUCAACCCGCUCGAGUAUUGUCACAUUUAUACACAUAUCUAGGCAGGAAUAAGAAGCUGGGUCUCUCUGGUCGCAAAUCCCGCGACGUCGGUAUCCUCAGCACCAGCAAGCUCUACUCCCUCGGCGACAAAAUCUUCGCCUUCACGCCACAGUUUACGGACAUGUCUCACAAUUACAUUGCGAGCGACUAUGAACUGAUGAUAGAUAUUUGCAAGAGCGAGAUAAAUUUCUUGAAGUCGAGUUGGCAGAAUAUGUUGGGCCGACCACUUGUUACAAUAGCCUGUAGGAGGGUGCAUUUAGACGAAGGGAAAAUCCCUCUGGCGAUGAUCACGACAAUGAAGAAGUUGAAGUCGGGGUACAUCAACGGCACGAGGGUCACACUGGGCAAUCUCAACGACUUCCUGAGCACUAGUUGCGUCACCAAUUUGAGCUUCUUAGGGUGCCACGAAGACGGCUUGCCGGACAAGCUGAACCCACAAGUGCGACAAUAUCUUGAAGAUCACUUAGUUAAGUCACUGUCUAGCAAAUCGUCGCUUUUGCUGCACUCUGGCGGCAGAAAUAGAAGUAAACACUUGAAGAGAAGAAUGUCGGUCAGAGGAGCCAUCAAGAAGACCAGGUCAAUCAAUGUUGACUGUAAGUUGUCGGUUUCGCGCGCUUUAUUUAAACUGAAUUCAGGUGACAUUUUCAUGCGACCGAUUCUACUAAAACAUGCCGAAACUCUGGGCAUGGAAGGUAACGCAACCAUCGAACGCCGCGGCUCCAUGUUCAUAGCAAGCAACUGGCAAGACAGCGUCGACCACGCCAGCGCCGAGCACGCCCGCUCCCCGUCCCCAGAGCCUCAAAAGACCGACCCCCUAACCCAGAAACGAACCGUCCCCAACAUCAGCGUCACCCGCCACAAAACCAACUCAGAAACACAGUACGCCGACACCGAAGUCGAUGAGCUCUUCGCCAUGCUGCGCGAAUCCGAGUCCCUAGACGAACAAGGUGACAUCUUGCAGUACCUCGUCGACUCCAAGGGUCUGGAUUUCCACACGGGAAUGCUAGACUUCGGCAAACCGGUCACCGUCCGAGACCUACUCAAGGGGUUAUACGAGAAAGCUUGCCAGCAGAAAAUGUGGGGUUUGGUCAGACAUACCGCAGGCAUGCUGGGGAAAAGAGUGGAGGACUUGGCGAAGUCAGUCACGGAUUUGCUGGUGCGGCAAAAACAAAUCACUGUGGGGAUGCCCCCCAAUAACGAGCACACGAUUACGGCGCCGUUACCCGAAAGCGAGUUGAGGUUGUUGAUCCACGAGGCGUACGGCGAAGAUGACAGUACGGCGAUGUUGACCCAGGAGUUGUUGGUUUAUUUGGCGAUGUUUAUCAGGACGGAGCCGCAGCUGUUCUUGGAGAUGUUGAGAUUAAGAGUGGGGUUGAUUAUUCAGGUUAUGGCGACGGAGUUGUCGAGGACGUUGAUUUGUGACGGGGAUGAGGCGUCGGAGCACUUGCUCAAUUUGAGUCCGUUUGAGAUGAAGAAUUUGCUGCAUCAUAUUAUUAGUGGCAAAGAAUUUGCAAUUAGUAGUGUAGGUAGAGGAAACUUUUCAGUCGUUAGCAGCAAGUCAAACCGUAUCAGUAAGAAAAGCCACAUCAGCCUAGGCGCUGAAAGCUCCGAUGACUUAAUCGAAGCCGAUCGUCAAGGUCAGUGGUUACGUCGCCGCCGGUUAGAUGGCGCUUUAAACAGAGUACCACGUGACUUCUACCCUCGCGUAUGGAGCGUCCUUGAAAAAUGUCAAGGCAUCGACAUCGCUGGAAAAGUUUUACCCCAAAGCCUAACACAAGAAAUGACCUCGGGCGAAUUAAAGUUCGCUCUUGCUGUGGAAACCGUUUUAAAUACAAUCCCACAGCCCGAAUAUCGGCAACUGAUUGUCGAAGCUUUGAUGGUUUUGACAUUAGUGGCGGAAUAUAACGUAGCGCCAUCUUUGGGUGGCGUGAUUCAAAUAGAGCAUCUGGUUCAUAUCGCCAACGAGUUGUUUUUGGAUGAUCAGAUGAAGUGUGAUGGCGACGCUACACUGUGUUGUGGUAAACCAAAGGAACUGAGAGAAACGUCAAAAAUGGGAGGUUUAUUGUGUGGCGGCGCUGCCUACAUCUGUCAACAUUUCUACGACAGCGCUCCUAGCGGCUGUUAUGGAACUAUGACAUAUAUGAGUAGAGCUGUAGCGGUAACGUUGGAUUGUCUUCCGAAACAUGGAGAGUUAGACUGCACCAUCAGUUAAUUAUGAUCUGUUAUUUAGAUAUUGUUUAGAGUGGGGUUGUUAAUAAAAUACAGUUAUCUGUU